AUGGAUUCACACAACAAAGCGAUCACAAAAUGCCUAACUAAUGCAAUGAGAUUAGAAAAUGAAAAGCAACUUCAGAGUGCUGAGGCGAGCUACACGCGCGCGAUUCUGAUCUUAAAAAGCGCCCUUCAAGAUACCUCGCUUUCCUCGGACGCGCACAACGCGGUAAAGCAAUCCCUGAGCGAUAUCGCGAAGCGCAUCCAAAAGCUGCGCUCUCUCAGCCGCGAAUCCCCCACCCUUCCGAGCCCCCCAACAACGCCGAUUCCCCCAACAUCACGACCUUCGGUGGUCCCGGGGGCCGACGCCCCGCCGUCCUCGGCGCGGCUCCACAAGCCGGACGACGAAUACCUCAAUUUCCUCAACGCCCCCGCGUUCAAGGAGACCUGGGCCGAGCGGACGGGGUGGACCUCCGGGGGCGCCUCGCCUUCCCACACAAAAGCGGCGUUGAAUGAGCGCGCCAUCACCCCCCCUGGGGCCUCCCCGCCAUCCUCCAAGGCCUUCCAGGCGAGACGUCCCGGGGGUUCGCGAAGUCCGGACUGGGGCUGGCGGGCGAUUGACCUUUCCGCGAGUUUAUGCCGCCAGGGUGAGCUCAAACGCGCCGUUGAUGUGCUCCAGCAGGCCUGUUCGAUCCGCCAAACCGGCCGCGCGAAGUGUCGCCAUCUCGACGCGGUCAAGGCUGUUCUGAGGGAGAUGCGGGAAAAAUACUACGCCACAUACCCGCCGAGGGUUCUGCAGGAUAAUCCGAUUUUGCCCGACGAGCUUAAGCUCCUACGCGGCAGCGGCCUCACUUCGACCAUCCGCCUCCCCUGCUGGGACGACCUCGACGAAGGCUAUGGGGCGGAAAACAUGUUUAUGCCCUGCGAGGGGGUGUGGGAGGAUCCAUGGACCCCCCAGCUUAGCCAAACGCAAAAACAAAAGGGCGCGCGGCUGCUUCACCUUUGCGAUCUUUACCCCGACCCGGCGAAUCUCGCGAUUCUUUGCCAGGCCGACCCCCUCGGCGUGACCCAGACGGUGGUGGGGGACUGCUCCAUGGUCUGCAGCCUCAUUAUCUGCGCGAGCUACCAGAAACGAUUCCCCAACGCAAAAAUCAUUAGUAAUGUGAUUUACCCGCAGGACCAAACGCGGACCCCGAUAAUUAAUCCGAAAGGAAAGUACGCCGUCAAGAUGUUGAUUAACGGCAUCACACGGCUCGUGACGAUCGACGACCGGCUGCCGGCUAAUCCUCAUUCCAAAGACCUGCUGUGCACCUACAGUCAAGAUCGCCGCGAGCUGUGGGUUUCGCUGAUGGAGAAGGCCUUUGUAAAAGUCUUCGGCGGGAGCUACGAGUUCCCAGGAAGCACCAGCGCGAGCGAUCUUUACAUGCUCUCCGGAUGGCUGCCCGACUCGCUGAGUUUUGCCGCGAAAGAGUUCAAUCCGGAGCUGCAGUGGAAACGCCUCCACCACGGCUUCGCCACGGGGGCCGUGUUGAUUACUUUGAUGACGCCAACCACCAUUGCCUCCGUGGGUGAGCAGGCGAUACCGCUUACCCCGGACCACGCGUAUGCGGUUUUGGCUAUUUGCGAGGUCCACGGGCUCCGAAUUCUACAGCUGCGCAAUCCUUGGUCCCGCACGACCUGGAAGGGCGCACUUUCCCUCGGGGAUCCGAGCGACCUUGCCGCGGCGGUCCAUAAGACCUUCGGCUAUACUACCGACCUGGCGAAUCGGGGGGUGUUUUUGAUGAAAUGGGAAGAUGCGAUUCGGCAUUUCGACGGCGCCUCACUGAGCUGGAAUCCGUAUUUGUUGUAUCGCACCCCGGAAGGGUUGUCGUGGAGGCCGACCCGCCUUGCCUGCCAUGGGACCUAUUCCUACACCACGAGCAUUGCGGAUAUGCCACAGCUCCACCUUCGCGUGCUCCACGCCCCAAAGCCCACCCGCAUGCACCUUGUUUUUUCCCGCCAUAUCACCGCGGUGGGAGAGUUUGGACGGCAAUUUGAUCAAAAUCAACCCCAGGACGCGCUUUUUGUAUCGCUGAAGGUGUUUAAUCUGACCUCCUACCCUUCCGUCGCGCAAUCCAUCGGGGGGCGCUGCCGGCUUGGCCGGUGUAAUGGCCGCCGACUCUGCAGCAUGUCGGAUGUUUCGACUUAUUUGGCGCCGUUGAACACUCCCAUUUAUCGAAAUUCCUUCGCGCACACCACGAGUUUGGAUUGCCCGGAGGGGACGACGGAUUUGGUGGUGGUAGUGGGACUCCAACCUUCCGCGCGGAAGGCGCCGUUUAACUUUACCGUGACCUUGCAUACCCAACUUCCGCAGCUCCGCCCGCCGAUGUCCUCUACCACCACGGCCAAUAAACCGGGAUAUUUGGGGUUAAACAACGGCGAAAAGGCGGAGGGGUCGGGGGUUUGUAUGCAUUGGAUUCCCAAAGUCAGCCUCCCAUACACUGCGUCGGUGAACGGGGCAUGGGUGAAGGGAAAAAGUUGUGGGGGCCGCAGCGACUUGUCGACUUUUGUGUAUAACCCGCAAUACACUUUUAGGCUUUUUAAACCCGCAUUCUUCUCGGCCCGGCUUGCCGUUUCCGAGUGUGCGGAGUCGUGUGGGAUUUGUGUAGUCCGGCUUCGGUGCGUUUCGUCCUCUGAGAAGCCUCUCACCUCGUUUGGUUCUCGUGUUGGCAACCUCAGGACUGAGGUUGACCUUGUGUUGAAGUCGAAACUCUAUGCGAUAGGGGGUGCGUUAAUAGACAGCGCCCUCCCCCAAACCUUCUCCUACGAUCCCUAUAACCUGCUCCGAGAUCCUGCCGCUAAACCGUUGACUAAACUGUGGGUUGAGAUCAAAUACGCCCACCUAUCUUAUCCUCGACACCAGUUUUAUAUACCUAACCUGGACGAGAACGACGAAAUCGGCAUGAUUUUUAUUCACGCUAUUAAAAGUGGGUUUGGAUUAUUGCCUUCAAACUCUGAGGUAUUUAUACGAAAUCACAGGUUUGAUCACACGAAGCAUAUGAAGGAGAUGCUGGCGCUCGAUCAGGGUCUGGUAUCAAGUUCGAAAGACGAUAAUACCAAAAAUUCCACCCUGGAGGUAUGUCUAAAGGUCAAUACCGAGCCCAUGUAUGUCGACCUGACAACCGAAGAAGAUCCUUUGAUGGACACACUUAUGAAUAUCGUGCGCGAUAUCAUCCAGGAUUCCACCAAAUCGGCAAACCAUCUCCCAUCACUAAGUGCCCUUUCCCAAGAAGCUAGCGGCCAAUCGUCUAAAAAUCGAGUUCCCCUUCAGUUGAUUGGUGCCUUUCUGACCGAUUUUAUUAGGCAUCUCAGCCCUAAAGUGCCGAAAAGGCAGGCUGAUUCGGAUUCUCUAUCCCCUUUGCCGGCGGGGGAAUACACGCUUAUCCCAUCCUUAUGGAAAAAAGGCGUUCCCGGGGUUUUUAAUAUCACCGUCGAGUCGACGGAGCCUGUGAGUUUGAAGCCAAUCCCACCGGAGGGCGAUGGCCUUAUCGAGCGUUCCCUAAGUGGGAGGCUGCUUUUCUCUGGAAAAGCCCUUGACAGCCGCUUUGAGGUUCCUUUUCAGCUUUUGAUUGAUGAUAUUUACUUCCAAAACAGCACGAUAAGUCUUUCUCUAGUGAUGCGGGGGGUCUUUACUUGUCGUCUUUUGUUAUUAGAGGAGGCGGAGAAUGCUGAAGAUGCCGCGGAUACUUCUUCCUUCUCCACCCUUACCUGGGCGAAUGUUAGCCUAUUCGUUCCGAACAAGACGCGGAAGAUGGAUUUGCUUUCCACCUCUGGACCUUACGAUUCCCUUGGUAUUGUUAUUCCUCCAAUUAUGCUGGAGGCAAGGACAAACUAUUCUCUAGUGAUAAGUUCUUCUAAGCCUUCUACUUGCAAGUACAUUUUACGUAUAUACACAAGCGUUCCCUGUACUACAAGUUUCCAGAAACAGUAG